AUGGCCGAGCCCGGUGGUGGGCGGACCGACCUGGAUGGCCAUUGGAGUUGUCAGAAGUGCGUGUUGCGCUGGGAGUUGCUGGGCUGGCGGCCGUGUGCUGCCAAGAUGCCUGGGGAGGUCACGGAUGGCGUGACCCUGAGGAGAGCCCAAGUGGCGCUGGCCAUCCUGGUGGGCCAUCGGACCACCUUGCGCAGAAGGGCCCUCUUCCCAGAUGGAUGGUACGCUCUCCAUGUGGGGCCGCUGGGCGAGUCGGAGGCCUCCGACGACUCGGUUUUCGAGUGGCCGGAGGCGCCUGAAGAGAAGAACCUGCCGCACCAAGCAGUGGUGGGUCUGCUCUGCCUGCAGCGGGAGUCCGCCCGUGUGGCGAUCAGCGGCGACUGGAGGGGUCCGGAGCAGAGGUACAAGAUCACGAAGACCGUGCCCUUGAAGGACUGUUUGCCGUGCCACGGACCCGGGCGGCCGGAGGAGCCCUGGCGCUUGGGUGCGGUGGUGCGACGUAGAGUGCUGGAGCUCGCGGCGGACAUGAAGGUCUUGGAGAAUCCUCAUGUGGAACCCGAUGCAACGUCGCUGGAGCUGGUCAACACCUGGGAGACGAAGUGGUCUUGGAACUGGUGGAGUGGGGAUGAUUGGACCACCGGAGGUUGGGGCUCUUGGCAUUGGAAGAACGAGAGCUGGGAGGACUGCUCCUGGAGUGCUUCCAAAGCAACCCCAGGUGACGAUUGGCAUCAAGGUGCCCUGGGGCAUCCCUGGCCGGAGACCAAGCUCGAGGUGAACGACGAAGACCCCGACCCGACCGUGUCGGCGGCCAAAGCCGCUUCACCUCAACCCCGAAUGCCCGAUCCUUGGUCCUUGGACGCCGCGCGCGUGCCGCCCGCGCCCGCGGCGGCCACGCAUGGCGGCGCACCAGACUGUGCCCUUCACGUGGCGGGAGGGACCACAGAGGUUGAAGCUCAGGUGUUCCAGACUUCUCCGACGUCGCUUGCGUCGCGCGAACUCACCUUGGAAGUGGAUGACUUCCUGCUGCGAGGGGUGAGUCUGAGCACUUGCUUGAGCCAAUGGGGCAAGCACUGGAGCACUCAUGGUGCUGAUGGCGGUCAGUACGAGUCCCAGAAGAGUUCUGACUAUGAGAAGAGCUUCCAAGUGCCAAAGUACGAUCACUUUCUCAGCCAUGACUGGAAAACAUCGCGAGCGGCAAAGGUUUGGAGCAUGUUCUUCGUUUUCAACCUGCCAGCUGCAACCUUGGCCUCGCAAAUCUGUGCCAUCGUGGUGGGGCUUGUGCGGGAAAGUGAAGCUCUUUGGGCACCAUCACAUGGGGCACCACACCAAUUAACUACGAGCCUUGUGCCAUGGCUCGUGUUUUGGCUCUUCUUUUGCUUUUGGCAGCGCCUCCGCAGCUUGCUUGGACGGCCGCUCAUUGUCUUCCUGGACAGGCUUUGCAUUGCCCAGCAUGAUCCGAGGCUUAAAGAGAAGGGCAUCUUAGGCUUGUCUGCCUUCUUGGACAAGUCCCAGAGUUUGACCAUUCUCUGGUCCAAGCGCUACUUCACACGCCUUUGGUGUAGCUAUGAGGUUGCCACCUUCCUCCGGAAAGAAAGCACAAGUGUCGCGAAUGAGCAGACAGACAAAUCCUUGACUGUCUUUCCAGUGGCGAUGUCAUGGAUUCUUAUUCUUUGCUUCGUAGAAGUGAGCCUCGUGCAGGUGUUUCAACUAUACAUCAGUUGGUGGUCCUGGCAAGAAUUGAUGUUGGGAGUUCCAGGAACCGACGUUUGGGACGCUUCCAUCACCUCCAGUCUCGGGUAUGGCGCCAUUGUGUGGGCCUGCAGUCUCCCAGUGAUGGGCUAUUGGAUGAUCGGGCUAUUGCAAGAAGUUCGUGAUUUGGAGCCUCAACUUGAAAAGUUUGACAUUCGAAGCUCUGAUAGCUUUUGUUGUAGCCAUGAUCACAAGCACCCAAAGACUCAAGAGACGUUGCCUUGUGACCGGGACUUGAUCUAUGCGAUGUUGAAAGACUGGUACGGCACUGAUGGAGAUGUGCACGAGGAACAUCUCGAGCGAUUGAACCAUGCCAUUCACAAACAGCUAAAGCGAUGGAUCUUGCAUCGCCUUGAUAGUGCCGUGUUGCCGCGACGCACUAUCUUUUUAUUGAUGUUGAGUGCAAUCGCCCCAAAGCUGUGCGAUGCCGUGACAAUGGUAAGAGAUGUUCCUUUGCUCAUGCCUUUCUUACCUGCAGAUGUAGUGGCUUGGCACUGCUUCACGGAAUUCUACAUGCAAUGGUUCAGAGUUGUCUUGGCAUAUUCCAUGGCGGUUUGGUCCUUCUUUAUUCUUGGCACUAUAGGGGUUCGGCUCCUGAAGUGGAUGUCCCAGCUCAAGGCUGCUGUGGUGCUAUCUUUGCCGCUGAUCGCGGCAGUAGUGGCCUGGGAAGGUCUUUUGCAUGCUGUCGUCUAUUUGACGGAAAAACCUGGCAACCUUUGGGGCUUCAACUGGCUCUUUGGAGCCGCUUUAUGGUUGGUCUUGGCAGCAGGCCUUUUCUGUGCCAAAUGCAGCCGGCUGACCUCUUUGGGCUGA